GUGGGUUUACUUUCUCUAUGGCUGCUGCUACCAAAGACUCUAACGCCCCGUUCUGUCUGGACUCUUACCAUGUCUCCGAGGAGUUUGGCUUCAUCCUCCCUCAGCCUUUGGAGGAGCUUCCACCUUACUAUCAGCCGUGGAUGGAUAUCGCCCUUCGUGUCCCAGAGCUCGUGCACUCUCACGAGUUGCGCUCCUGUAUUAACAGGAUGCCGAUGCUGAGCAGUGAGUUUCUCCAGAGACACAGAGAGUUACGAUUGGCCCACCUGGCCCUCAGUGUUAUGACCAUGGGCUAUGUCUGGCAGGAGGGAGAAAACGACACAGUAGAAGUGCUGCCACGUAAUCUGGCUGUCCCCUUCUGGGAGGUGUCUCAGCGCUUAGGACUUCCCCCGAUCUUGGUCCAUGCAGAUGCAGUUUUGGCAAACUGGAAGAAGAGGGAUCCACAAGGGCCGUUUGACAUGGAGAACCUGGAGCUGCUGUUCAGUCUCCCAGGUGGGGACAACACACGGGGUUUCUUUAUGGUCACUCUGCUGGUAGAGCUGGCAGCAGUCCCUGCACUGAAGAGCAUUCCCACGGUGAUCAAUGGUGUCAGAUGUGGUGACACUGAAGGUGUGACCAAAGCCCUGGACACCAUCAGCAAGUCUCUGCAGGACAUGACUGAUGCACUGAAGCUGAUGCACGCUUAUGUGGAGCCUUCAGUCUUCUAUGGUAUCAUGAGAAUCUACCUCUCCGGAUGGAAAGACAACCCCUCCAUGCCAAAGGGGCUGGUUUAUGAAGGUGUCCAAAGAGAGCCCAUGGAGUAUUCAGGAGGAAGUGCUGCAGAAAGCAGCCUGCUGCACUGCUUUGAUGAACUAUUGGGAGUCAAACAUGAAGGAAAAAGUGGUGCCUUUCUCACCCGCAUGAGGAACUACAUGCCCCCUGCUCAUAAUCAAAUGAUCCAGGACAUCUCCAUGCAGCCUUCACUGAGGAAUUUUGUUCAGGAGCAGCCUAGUGAGCACCUCAACCAGGCCUUUGAGCGCUGCGUCACAAAACUGGUGGCUCUGCGCAGCUACCACUUAAAUGUUGUCAGCCGAUUCAUCACGGUACCUGCUGCUCUUGCACGACAACUGCGAAACCAGAGCCAGGACUCAAAUGAGGACUUGGUCAGCCAAGCGCCAAAAGCGCUAGAGGAGAGAGGCACCGGUGGAUCUGGCCUCAUGACUUUCCUAAAGACUGUAAGGGACCAAACUAAACAAGCCUUCCUGCCUGAGACCAGCUAAGAACAGUCCAUCAAAUACAAUCAAAUACACAAUCAACCAAAUACUUGUGGUUGGAGUAGUGGUGUUAGCAGUUAUGGG